AUUAACCAAUGAGCGCAUACGUAGUUUUCAGCAAAAAUGGCGUACUAUGUAUUGUGAGGUGGGGAAGCUAUAAACAAAUAUAUUUUAUGGUCUGAAAAACUAAAACAGUCAGGAUGAAGGUGGUGAAUCUGAAGCAAGCCAUUCUACAGGCUUGGAAAGAACGAUGGAGCGACUACCAGUGGGCCAUUAACAUCAAGAAGAACUUCCCAAAGGGAGCAACGUGGGACUAUCUCAACCUUGCAGAAGCCCUGAUGGAGCAGGCAAUGAUCGGCCCCUCUCCCAACCCUCUUAUUUUGUCUUAUCUCAAAUAUGCUAUAAGUUCUCAGAUGGUGUCUUAUUCCAGUGUGCUUACAGCUCUCAGCAAGUUUGAUGACUUUUCUCGGGAGCUGUGUGUAAAAUCACUGCUGGAGAUCAUGGACAUGUUUUGCCAUCGUCUCAGCUGUCACGGGAAGGCGGAGGAAUGCAUCGGGCUGUGUCGGGCUCUGCUCGGGGUGGUAGUGUGGCUGCUGCAGGGCUGUGCCUGGUACUGCGAGAAGCUCGGAGAACUCGGCCCAUCAGCCGGCACGGAGGCCAGUCUGAGAGCCUGCCAGGAGAGGCUUCAACAUUUGAUGAACAGUUCCAAGAACAGAGCCCUGGUCCACAUCGCCCGGUUGGAGGACCAAGGCGGUUCCUGGAGCAACGUAGAGCAGUCGGUGCUGAAAGUAACCGAUGGUCUUGGCAGUGUGUCAAACCAGACACUGAGAACAAAAUUAGAGGAGAGCUUGUCGCUAGUAAAAGGUAUUCCCAUGAUGCUGUCCGAGCAGAGCGACCCAAAGUUCCAUGCCUCCUUUCCAUCCGUCCACGCCUUCAUCAUGCUGGAGGGGACCAUGAAUCUGACCGGGGAGACGCAGCCACUGGUGGAGCAGCUGAUGAUGAUCAAGAGAAUGCAGCGAAUCCCUGUGCCUCUUUUUGUCUUGGAGAUCUGGAAGGCCUGCUUCACUGGGCUCAUCGAGUCACCAGAGGGCACCGAGGAGCUCAAAUGGACCGCUUUCACAUUUCUCAAGAUCCCUCAAGUUCUUCUGCGACUAAAGAAGUAUCCUCAGAGUGACAAAGGACAAGACUUCAUGGACGACGUGAAUAUUGCAUUUCAGUAUUUACUCAAACUCACACCGUUACUGGACAAAGCGGAUCAGAGAUGCAAUUGCGACUGCCUUGGCAUGCUGCUUCAGGAGUGUAACAAGCUCGGUCUGCUGUCCGAUUCCAACACAACCUGCCUCACCUCCAAACGGACGGAUGACAGGGAGUUUGCCCCGAGGUUAAAGACUGCAGAAAAUGCAAACAUCCAGCCGAACCCGGGCCUCAUCCUGCGAGCUGAGCCCACCGUCACUAAUAUUCUAAAGACAGUAGAUGCAGAUCACUCCAAGUCGCCCGAAGGCCUUCUGGGGGUCCUGGGACACAUGUUGUCUGGAAAAAGCCUAGAUCUGCUCCUGGCAGCAGCCGCGGCCACUGGGAAGCUCAAAUCCUUUGCCCGGAAGUUCAUCAAGCUUAACGAGUUUCCGAAGCACAUCAGCGGCGAAGGAUCCAAGUCGGCGUCGGUACGGGCGCUCCUCUUCGACAUCUCCUUCCUCAUGCUCUGCCAUGUGGUGCAGACAUACGGUUCGGAGGUGAUCCUGUCAGACCCCAGCCCUUCGGGGGAGACGCCCUUCUUCGAGACAUGGCUGCAGACGUGUAUGCCUGAGGAUGGCAAGACUCUGAACCCAGACCACCCCUGCUUCAGACCGGAGCCCGGCAAAGUGGAGAGCCUGGUCACCCUGCUGAACAACUCGUCGGAGAUGAAGCUAGUUCAGGUGAAAUGGCAUGAGAUCUGCCUCAGCACGCCGGCAGCCAUCUUGGAGGUUCUGAACGCGUGGGAGAACGGCGUCCUCUCUGUGGAGGCCGUGCAGAAGAUAACGGACAACAUCAAGGGGAAGGUGUGCAGCAUGGCCAUCUGUGCGGUGGCCUGGCUGGUGGCCCACGUCAGGAUGCUGGGGAGGGAUGAGCGGGAGAAGCCCCAGACGAUGAUCCGGCAGCUCGUGACGCCGCUGUACGGGGAGAACACGCUGCAGUUUUACAACGAACGCGUGAUCAUAAUGAGCUCCAUCAUGGAGCACAUGUGUGCCGACGUCUUCCAACAAACCGCCGCCACCCUGCGGCCCCCGAUGGAGGGCCAGGAGCCGAUCCCCUACCGCAACCUGCUGCCGGCCAAAGACCCCAUCCACGUGGCCCUCAGCAAGCAGUUCCAGACGGUGCUGCGCAAAGGCUGGGCGGACAGCCGGGCCCUGCACCUGUUUGAGAGUCUCCUCAACAUGGGGGGGGUCUUCUGGUUCACCAACAAUUUGGUCAAGGAGCUGCUGAAGGAGACUCGCCAGGAGUGGGCCGAUCGCGUCUCGGAGCUUCUCUACAGCAUCUUCUGCCUGGACACUCAGCAGAUCAGCCUCACGCUGCUGGGCACCAUACUGCCCGACCUGCUCACAGACUCCGCCCACUGGCACGGCCUGGCUGACCCACCUGGAAAGGCGCUGGCCAAGUUGUCCGUGUGGUGCGCACUCAGCUCCUUCUCCUCGCACAACAGAGGCUCGUUCUCGGCUCGCCAGCGCAAAAGGCAGCGGGAAGACAUCGAGGACUACAACAGCCUGUUUCCAUUGGAUGACACUCAGCCGUCUAAACUCAUGCGUCUGCUCAGCUCCAACGAGGACGAGCCCGCUGCCCUUUCCAGUCCGGGAGACCGAUCUAUGAGCAGUUCCCUCUCGGCCUCCCAGCUCCACACGGUGAACAUGAGAGACCCUCUCCACCGAGUCCUGGCCAACCUCUUCCUCCUCAUCUCCUCCAUCCUGGGCUCCAAGAUGGCCGGACCCCACACCCAAUUUGUGCAGAGCUUCAUGGAGGAGUGCGUGGAGUGCCUGGAGCAGGGGAGCCGCGGGAGCAUUCUGCAGUUCAUGCCCUUUACGAUGGUGUCCGAGCUGGUGAAGCUGCCGGCUUUGGCCAAACCGAGAGUUGUCCUGGCCAUCACUGACCUGACUCUGCCGCUGGGGAGAAGAGUAGCUGCCAAAGCCAUCGCCGCCUUGUAAAGUUCUCAGCCCCCCCCCCCCCCCCUCCUCCACACACUCCCCUCAUUAGUUCCCCCAUUUAAAGGGCUUCUUUGUUGGAAAAUGACAUUUUUAUAACCGUCUUUCUGUAACCACUGUUUUGCUAUUGUGUUUUGAUUUGUUUUUCACACUUAAACGUGUAAAUAAGUUUGAAAAAACUUCCUGA